UGGGUUUUUUUAAAAGUAUUUUUUAUGUUGACUUGGGAGUUAGAGACUUUAGGUGACACCAUUGUUGCUCCCAUGGCAGGAAGCCCUGAAAUGUUUUUUACAGCAGAAUGGUGGUUGUGAAUAUGACUGUGUUUAAUAUAUUCAGUUGUAAUUAUGUGUUAGGAGUCAUAUUUUGUGACAACUUGUCACCGACUAAAAUGGGGAUUUCCUGAGACUAUGAAUAAAUCUCUAAAGUAAAUUAAAUCAUAUUAACUUAAAUGACUACUCCUUGAAGUUCUUUAAUGUGUUUUGCUUCUUUACUGCCAAUGAUCUAGCCACAUAGGAAGAAAUUUGAAGGGAAUAAUCUGCUGUUUUCAGAAUCUCAUAAUGGGAUCGUUCUUCAGUUCCUGCUCCUAGUUCUGCUCCUGUUCCAGGUGAAAACCAGUCUGACUCAUCACCAGCACCAGAGGCUGAGGACCAACUACAAAGCCUCAGUCCUUUACAAUGUGCCCAACAACAGGGAAAAAGACCUCAGAUCAAGUGCCCAGCUGCCAAAACAAACCCUCCGAAAAAACCCCAAGUACCUCCUAAACCUGUCCAUUUCAAACCUCUUGGACAAGAAAGAGAUUUGCAGCGAAUACCUCCGGCACCUCGUAGACCUCUGCCAGCUGACCCAAGGCCAUCCAGGACUUUACUAUCUGCAGAAGGAGAAACACAAAUCUCACCAGACAUCAAUAGCCUGAUUGAAAAGUUCGAAAGCAUCUGGCAUCCCAUUCCUAUUCUUCAGAGAAGCCAGUCCCAUUUACCUUUUAGGAUGGAGUCAGGAUUGGGCUCCUCAGCAUCUCCAAACGCUGCUGACUGUGAGCUGAGCUUUGGCUCUGGAGACUCAAGUGAGAAAAACAAAAGAGAUGGAAGCCAGCCAGCUAUGCUGGGCAUUGUAGAGCCAUCCAGUACAGACUUGGGCAAAAUAAGAGAACUCCACAUAGGGGAUAGCCAAAGCUUUGAGAACUGUUCUUCUGCUAAGCCCAACAAAGAGACCAUGGGAAGGGAUGGUGCAAAAGCCCCGGCUAUUGAGCAGGGCAGCAAUGGAAAAAUACCUAACCGAGAUAGUGGCAUUGACAGCCCUUCUUGUAGUGUGGCAGGAGAGACCUUUCCAACUGAGGAAGGAGGAGAGCACAAGAAAUAUCCCACCCCAGGCCUUCUAAUUGAGAUAGUGCCUGAAGGAGAGCAGAAUGUGAGCUCACCUGGUGACACUCAGAAAGAGAUAGCCCAAGAGGCUGACAGUGAUGUUGAUGAAGGCAGCAGUGAGGAGCCAGAAACUACAGAUGUGUCAAGGGGAGAAGACCUAGAUGUAGCCAAGUGUACUGAUCCACAGAAGUUAUUCAAUAUUGCAAAUGAACUCCUCCAUACUGAAGAAGCCUAUGUCAAAAGAUUGCACCUACUGGACCAGGUUUUUUGCACCAAGUUGGCAGAAGCUGGUAUUCCAUCUGAAGUGACAACUGGUAUCUUCUCCAACAUUUCUUCUAUUUAUUGUUUCCAUGGACAGUUUCUUUUACCAGAGCUGCAGACUCGAAUUACUCAAGAAUGGAGCACAAAUCCCAGGAUUGGAGAUAUCCUUCAGAAGCUAGCUCCAUUCCUGAAGAUGUACGGUGAAUAUGUAAAGAACUUUGACAGAGCUAUGGACUUGGUAAACACCUGGACCCAGAGAUCAUCUCCAUUUAAAGAUGUUGUUCAAAGCAUCCAGAAGCAGGAGGUCUGUGGGAACUUAACAUUACAGCAUCACAUGCUAGAGCCAGUACAGAGAAUCCCUCGCUAUGAGAUGUUGCUCAAGGAUUAUUUGAAGAAGCUUCCUGGGGAGUCUCCAGACAGGAAAGAUGCAGAGAAAUCCUUGGAGCUCAUCUCCACAGCAGCGAAUCACUCAAAUGCAGCUAUUCGAAAGAUGGAAAAGAUGCACAAGCUCUUGGAGGUGUAUGAGCGUUUAGGAGGAGAAGAAGAUAUCGUUAAUCCUGCAAAUGAACUUAUUAAAGAAGGCCAUAUUCAGAAGCUAUCUGCAAAAAAUGGCACUGCUCAAGAUAGGUACUUGUUUCUGUUUAAUAGUAUGCUGUUAUAUUGUGUGCCCAAACUGAGACUCAUAGGUCAGAAAUUCAGCGUUCGUGAGAAGAUGGACAUAGCUGGAUUGCAGGUACAGGAAAUUGCCAAGCCAAAUGCAACACAUACUUUUACAAUAACAGGAAAAAAGAGGUCUUUGGACCUGCAAACAAGGACAGAAGAGGACAAGAAAGAAUGGAUUGAGGUAAUUCUUGCCACAAUUGAAAAGCACAAGCAAAAAAGUGAGACAUUCAGAGCUUUCAAUAGUUCUUUCGCCCAGGAGGAGGAUGUCCCAGACUCACCUAUGGCCAGCACAAGCUCAGUGGAGUCCAUGGCAGGGACAGAUGGCUGUGGUGGAUUUGGAGGACUUGACUCCAAAAAAUCUUCUAAAAAUAGAAGAGAUAAAGAGAAGCAAACUUGCAAAAGCUGCAGUGAAACCUUUAAUUCAAUUACAAAAAGACGGCACCACUGCAAACAGUGUGGGGCUGUGAUUUGUGGGAAGUGCUCAGAAUUUAAAGCAGAUAAUAGUCGUCAGAGUCGUGUUUGCAAAGAGUGUUUCCUUAUGCAGAGUACAGUCCCAAAUAGUCCCGUCUCUGAGGCUGGCAGUGAACAAAGGAAGAAGCUGGAGAAGCAAAAUAUUACUGCACCUGAAAACAGCCUUUUCUGUAGUCACCUCCAGCUCAUGGAUAAAGGCAAGAUUUGCUGCAAGCUAUGGGCAACCAUUCCAAAAACAGAACCCUUGGUGCUGUACCUACAAGGAGGCCAGGAUGGACGGGCCCCCCGGACAAUCCCCCUUCCUGGCUAUGAAGUGACUUUGCCUGGACCUGGCGAGAAGCUAGAAGCAAAAUAUACACUGAAGCUCUCACAGUCCCACCAGACUCUCUUUCUCAGUUUUGACGAUGAGGAACUGCAGCGGAAGUGGAUGGAAGUUCUCACCAGAGCUGCCAGAGGAGAAACGGAUGAUCCCAGUGCUAGUGUUGGGAAUGCUCAAGGGCCCUGAAAAGCCAGAACCCAUCCUAGGGACAGCCACCAAAGGCGUUUGGUCCUGGCACUUGGACAGGGGUAGUUGGGCAGAUCUGCAGAGGAAUCUCUCCAGUGGAUCCUUUCUCCUUAUAAAAAGCGACCACUCCAGAGGGGCAAAACAGCCAAUGACUCUCCUGAGUCAGACCCAGACUUCCAGGCCAGUGAGCAUGCCCAUGAGUGUCUGUGUUUUCAUACAUGUGCUUUGGAAAAAGAGUGCAUGUGGGUGCCCAACCUUGAGCACAGCAGGCUGAGCCGGGCAGUAGACAAGGUAGUAAUAGAAGAGAUCUGGGUCACUGGUACCAGCCUGGGUUUGUUUUACAUUUGUAUCUCUCUGUUCCUUCCCAACUGUUCCAAACCUUUUGGUGUUUCUAAAUAUUUAUCCCCUCUCACCCACCUGGCACAUAGACUCCCAUUGCCUCAGGACUGGAGAUUCACACCCUUAGGGAAGGAAGCAGGGUAGUGAUCCCACACACCUCCCAUCCUGAGUCUGUCAGACACUGCCCUGUGGGGGUCUGCAGAGUGGGCGUGCACUUGGCAAGCAGGACUACGUGGUAUGUUGUUUUGUAAACAGAUAGUCUUAGUUAAGGUGGUGUUUGGUGAUGCUGACCUUGGAUAGAGGGCAACAAGAAAAUGAUUCAUUUGUUGUAUGGUUUGCCCUGAAUUGACUCAAACCCUUGUCCACUUGGGCUAAACCUCCGGCAGUGUUCAACCUGCGACUUUGGUGCAAGGUGAAUGUGUUAGUCAGUCACUAACUAAUAUGUAAGUGCUAAGCCAUGCCAGGGUUUGGACCAGGCCACAGCUUCCCUCUGUCUUGGUCAGUCUGUUUCCUGAUAAAACAGUCUUUGUGAAGUAUCCUUAUCCAUUAAGCUGUUUGUCCUUCCUGUGUGGAGAUGACCCUUUGAAAGAGAAAUUGCUGUGGGGAAUGACCUCAGAUUAUUGCUGCAGCUUUUGGGGCCCUCACUGGGGGACCUGCUCCCCACCACCAUCUGCCUCAAGUCCCCUAGCAAACACUGUAGGUAAGGGGAAACUUUUAGAGUUCUAUGUAGGGCAUUGCUGAUCUUCUGUAUUCAUAGGAAGGUGACCUACUCACCUAUUUGAUUAAUUUUCCAGUAGUACAAGAUUUAUUUAUAAUUUGUAAAUAAUGUUUCAUACCUACCGCCAGAAAUUUAAAAUAUUGAGAUUAAUAACAGGAUUCAGUGUGUAGUGACAAAAUGUUUGUAUGAAUUUGUCAUUUACCCUUCUUGUUAACUGGCAUUUGUUUUGUUCCCUAAAGGGAAAUUUGUUUUCAUAUUUGUCUAUUUAAAUAAAUGCCCUGCAGCCAGAUGUGGAGACCACUGCUAUUCUGUCUAGUAGCUCAGAAUGGGGACUUUGGGUAGGUACCCAAAGUCUGGGUGCUGAGACAUGGGAGGGAGGAUUUUAAGGAGUGGGAAGAGUAUUUUCUAAAGCUUACUAGCUUUCCUUCCCCCUGCAUCCAUCCAACCCCUUUUCAUUCUUCUCUUGUCUUGCCUUUCAAAAGCCCCUUAAAACAGUUUGGGAAAAUAGUGUUUUAUUCUCAAUCCCAGCCAGGAAUGACCUAAAUGAAUUAAGCAGCCUCUUCUCUGUAACCAAAAACAACUUUAGAAAUAAAGGAAGCGUGAUGGGAAGGGCUAUGA